AUGCCAACCAGCACGCUGCUAGCGCUUUUGGGAAAGUGCGAGAAAUUUCGGGGUGAUCCGAAAUUAAUGAAAAUAAUCAGAGAAAUUCUGAUAUUUCGACGAGAUUUUGAGGAGAACAUCGAAGACGUGUGGGAUAUUAUCGCCGACGUGAUAUCCUACAACGGUCAGUCAGUCUUAAUCCGGGAGUCCUACAAGUCGGUUGUGCUACCUACUACACGACGUGAACAGUACACUCAUCCCUAUUUAGGAUCCAUACCUAGUGAAGCCAGUGAUGCAAUUUUGACCUGCGAGCGGAUCCUCCGACAUUCCGGGUUUAGCCCUUCCGGCCUCAGGACACGCCGUGCCGGACGCAAGGUCCAGCGACGCUUAUACAAUCGACUAUACGCGCCCGUACGCGCAAGUGAUAACACUUUAAUCGGAAUAGAAUCCCCGCUACAUCCCGUUCCCAACAAUCCUACCGACUCACCAAAGUGACGACGCCGUAUCCAAACUUGCCUCCGCUUGAUAUUCCGGAGAGUGACCCACGAAGGUAACGAUAUAUGGAAAUCUGAGCGGAGCUGUUGUAUACGCACGGGAGCGCCACGCCCGACCACUGGCACCAGGAACCUGAGGUAAUCAUUCUGGAGUAAGGCCACCGCCACCAGGAGCUUGCAGCAACCACCUGGGAUCACUUCUCACCUGGGGAACGC